CUAAAAUCAUGCUGCUCUCCAUCAAAACGUCGACUGGAAAAAACAUCACAGUGGAAGCGCCGAAAAGUGUGAAAACUGAAGUUCGCGACAAACAGGGAGUCGUUUUCACUGUCUCUUACGACAAAGGUACCGGAAAUCAAAUCAUUGAAAUGGAGGACACUGUCCAAGAUGUCAAAAUUCAAGAGGCUCAGCAAGCACCGCUUCGUGAAUCAGAAGAAGUGACCGAAGAUCCCAUCAGUGUCGAAUCAUCGGAGGUCAUCGGAAAUCUGAAUGUCAAGGUUGCCGAGACUCAGCAAGAACUGCAUCAUGAAGGAAUCCGAAUUUACGUUGAGAACGCUGGAAGAACAUGCACACUUGACACUUCCGCCUCCGAUACCAUGGCAAGUGUCAAGGCUAAAAUUUGGGAAAAACUAAGAAUCCUCCCAAAUACGCAAAAACUAUUAUUGGAAAACUGGGACCUAGAUUUGUUUAGCGAUCAUAGCACUCUUUUUGACAACAGUUUCGAAAACGGCAGUACUCUUCGUUUGGAAGUUUCUAUAGAAAAAGAAAUUGACGUUUUUGUGAAAACCUAUACCGGAAAGACAAUCACCAUUUCAAUCUAGAAUACGGAUACUGUUGAGACCUUGAAGCUCAAGAUUCAGGAUAAGGAAGGUAUUCCACCAGAUCAACAGCGUCUUAUUUAUCAAGGAUCGCAGCUCGAGGAUGACCGUACUUUGAUUGCCUAUAACAUCUAUAAUGAGGCUACUCUCCGUUUAAUUCUCAGACUUCGUGGAUGAAGUUCUCAAUUUGAAUAUUGUUAAUUUGUUACUUGUUAUUUUGUUACUGUUCUGUUUAUUUUUGUUGAUGAAUGUUGAAAAAGUUUA